UGCAACCCGAACCAGAGGCCGCGAUGGUUGGGCCUCGGGCAUUGGCUUUGUCUCGGUUCCCCCUCUCUUUCGGCGGGAACUAUUAGGGUUUUUCGGGGUGAAAUCUUGCGGAAAUCGAAUCUCUGGGGUCUCGAUUCGAGAUGGGUUCAUCUCCAUUGCCGGAAUGGGCAUCGGAGCCUUGCAUCAUGGGCAUCGACGAAGCUGGGAGAGGCCCUGUUCUUGGUCCUAUGGUGUAUGGAUGCUUGUACUGCGCUCGAUCUUUCCAGAAGACCCUGGCUUCCCUUAACUUCGCAGAUUCAAAGACUCUAAAAGAGGAAAAGAGGGAGGAAUUGUUUGAAAAAUUAAAAGCUGAUAGUUCUUUAGGAUGGGAAGUUGAUGUCAUAGAUCCAAGGGAAUUGUCAGCCAAAAUGCUACAGAGGGUAAAAAUCAAUCUUAAUGAAAUUUCUCAUAAUUCAGCUAUUGGUCUUGUCAGUAGGGUUUUGAACAUGGGUGUUCUAUUAACCGAGGUCUACGUGGAUACUGUUGGAGAUGCAGAAAAAUAUAGAAUCAAAUUGUCUGAAAGAUUUCCAGGUGUCAAUUUCGUGGUUGCCAAAAAAGCUGAUAGCCUCUAUCCAGUUGUUAGUGGAGCAAGCAUUGUUGCUAAGGUGACCAGAGAUAGGGCCUUGCGUGACUGGAUACUUGAUGAAUCUGCUGACAAUAUGCAUAGGAACUUUGGAUCCGGAUAUCCAGGGGAUCCUGGGACCAAAGCAUGGUUGGAUCAUCAUAUGCACCCGGUGUUUGGGUUUCCAACAUUGGUUCGCUUCAGUUGGGGGACAUGCACCCCUUACUUUAAGGAUAUAGUUGAAGUCAUCUGGGAGUCUGAUAAGCUGGAGGAGGAUGGCUCCAAUAGUAAUGGUGGUAAGCGGCAGUUGAAGUUGUCUAAUGUUGGUUUCACUAGAAAUAAAAAGAAAAGUGAGGAUAUUGAAUCUAGUGGUAAGGGUCGCUGUAAGUUCUUCCAGGCUCGUAAACUUGAGUUGGUUGCUAAUUUCUAGCGAUGCUGUUGACCCUGCCUUGUGGCUCAUUAACAUCUGGGCUUUAAUUGGGCUUAGGCUUUCGAAUGUAAUUGUAAUCCAAGAUUCCAUGUCAUGUUUGGCAGAUAUUAUAUGAACAAGUUUUCAAUUCUUGUUUGAGGUUGGAAUUUUCUUG